CGUAUUUUAAUCCAUCCCCCUUCCUCCUCUUAUAUCAGCAUUGAGUUCAUUUCCAGACUCUUGACAUUAUAAACAAUGUCACCAGAUGCAUUCAGUUUCAGGCCAUGAUGUCAUCAUUUGACCUUACCCAUUCUCCUGCCUGGGAAGUAGCAUUGAGUGGCAGAGUUAAUAUUCCCCACCACUAGCCGGAGGGUCCGUACAUGGUUCAGUGGAGAAGACAUUUGCGUUACAUUUUGCCUCCCCACUCCCUGGGUAGGAGUUUUAUCAGUUAGGAUUAGGUUCAACUGUGAGUGGCAGAAAAUCGCAAGCAGUGGCUGAAGCCAGAUAGAGGUUCAUUAUAGAAGCUCGUUGCUGUCUCAUGUGAAAACCUUUACGUACUGGCUCCAGGGUGGGAGUGACCCUCCACGGUGUCAAGAACUCGAGCUCUUUUUACCUUGUUCUGCUGUGAGUGGUUUCCAUUCCCAAAGUCAUCGUAUGGUACAAAGUGGCUGCCCUAGCUCCAGCUAUCGUGCCUGUAUUCCAGGCAGCGAGAAAGAGGAAAGAAAAGGAAAAAGCACACUUCUCCUUUAGGCGCCUUUCCUGAAAGUUGCACAUAUCACUUCCACUUACGUUUCAUGGGCCAGAACUUAGUCGCCACGGCCACCUGGUUGCAAGGGUGGUGAGAAAGGCCGUCUUUAUUUGGGGUGAAUGUGACCUCGGCUACAAAUCAGAUGUAGGCAUUGCACUGCUAGUGUGUGAACAAGGUGUGGUGGGGGCUGCCAACGAUGCCUGAAGGGAGAUCAGGAAAGGCUUCCUAGAGGAGGUGAUACAGGAAUUUGCCUAAGACAGGCGAGGUUUGCUUUUUAUGAGAUGAAACAGAAUAAGCUGGGCAUUAACGGGAAAUUCGAUUUAAAAACUUGAAGUUAUUCCCAAACCUUUCUCAUUUUCUAAGAAAUUCUGUAUUGAGUCCAUGGCAAGAGUUAACUACCCCAACUGAGGAAUUAUUUGUUGAGUGGAUGAGUGAAUGAGUGAGGAGAGAGGGUUGUGAAUGACUCCCAGCGCUCUGACCCUGGGGGGUUCCUGGGGCAGACCUUCUUUUCUGAAGGUAGCCACGAUCAUCCCUCUCACCUCACGGGCCCUUCCGCAAUUUGUCCUCGUCGCUCCUCCGGAAGGUGGGAUCUAUCGCACGGCCCCUGGGAAUCUGGGCAAACGCUGUGGCUCCUUUGGCCCACAGAGCCGGGCACAUGUGAAGCUGCGUUAAUUCUAGAAGAAGCCCUUAACUGGCCUUGUGGUUUCCACCUCCUGCUUCUUGUGACGACCCGGCUGGUGAGGAGCCCGAGUCACAUGGAGAGGCCUGGAGGAGGAGACCCCACGGAGAGAGAGACAGAGAGACAGAGAGAAAGAGAGAGAGGAAGGGAGAGACUAGGGCGGGUCAAGAUGCCAGGCAAGUAAUAAAGAAGUUAGUUAUCUUGGAAAUGGACCUUCCAGUCCCGCUGCCCUGGCUGAUGCCACGUGGGUUGGAGAACCGUCCCGCUGAGUCCUCCUUGGAUUCCAGACCCACAAGUGCUCACGUGAAAUAAAUGUGCUUUGCAGCAGAGCAACGGAUCUCUGGAAACCUGCCUUGAGAGGCUAGGCUAUGGAGCAUGCUGGGCUGUCCCUGGCAGAGCCCCACACGGAGGGCCAAUGGAGGACAUCUGGGGUGCGCUGACGGGGUGACCAAAGCCAGCCGUGGGCGCGAGUCUCGUGUGGCCUCCGUCAGCCAUCAACCAUUCUGCACGGAGAGAGAGAGGGCUCUUUUAGAUGCACCCAGAACUAGCCUGUCAGAUAAACAGCAAGGGAGCUCUCGAACACAUCUAGGCUCCUAUCAAAAGGACUCAGGAACCAGCUUGAAAAGGUUCAGACUGGCCAGAGAAGAGACAAUGUGAGCCUUCGUAAGGACAAGAGCCGGGAUGGGCCCCGCCCCUCCUGGGAACUCCUCUCCCCGCCAUGACACGAGCCUGCCUUGACUGCCCAUGAGCCGAAGCCCCGCUCGGACCCUUCCUUUGUCUCUGUCGUUCUCCAAAAGGCUUGCUCUGUCUUCUCGAUCGUCCCUUCUCUCCAGACACCAGAUCUGCACGUCUUUCCCACCCUGUGACUCCCACAGCAGCGGGGCCAUGGCCCCAGCCUCUCCUCGGGCAUCAUGGAGGCCACUCCAAGCAAGGCUGGAGUGCGUUGGGCCUGGCAGUUCGGAGGGGCCGUAGGGCAUGGAUGAGCAAGGAAGGAAAUGAGGUCUAGGCCCGUUCCGUCCCGUCUCCUGGUGAGUCUGGGGGAGACGGCGGGCGUCUUUGCGUGCAAAGGCCAGGAGCAGGGAUGGGUUUGGAGUGCGGAGGAUGGCCGGUUGACCUACCCCACGGUCUCGCAAGAACCUCCAAAGCAGAAGCCUUGAAAGCUUUUGGCAGCUUGAAGGGGUUGAGUUGCUGGUAAGCCCAGUGCCGCAGGUGACCUGGACUGGAGCCCGGAUGGGAGCCAGAUCUAUUUUCCUCCCACAGGACCUGCCUGGCCUUUGUCGGCUAUAGGGAGGUGCAUUUCCCCGUCCUCUGUGGGCAGCAAAUGCCCCACGAGUCAGCAGGAAGUGCCUCUGGGCUCACCCACCGGCUUCUAUUGGCUUGUGAGAUGGACGAGCCAAGUGCUGAGCAUGGGCUCCUUCCCUUCAUUCAGUGGAGAGUAAAUUAAGGCACCUGGGGUCGAGGCUUACGGCUCUCGGUCCCCUGUGCGCGUACCCCGUGCCGGGCACCGUCCUCAAGUUUUCACGUGCUAACCGGCCCAACGUCCGAACUCUGUUGCACGGACCCAACAGGUACGUUCUACUAUUUUACUCCCCGCUUCACAAAUGAAGAAACCGGGGCGCAGAGAAGUCAGGCGAGCGACCCGAGGACGCACGGUUCCUCGGUAAGAUAGCCAAGUCCCGCCUGGCUCCCAGAAGCUGUCCCAGGUUGACGCCCGCAAUGACCGUGCCUUGUGUCCCAGCCGGCUCUGAAUCUCCCCAUCCUCUUGGGAUCUUGGAGGAUCUUUCAGAUUUGGGGUCACGGGUGAGGCUAGAAGGUGAGCACCCAGCCCGCUGCCAACGUGGUCGGGUCGCCGGAGUGGCGGAAGAGGGGCCGAUUCCAAACAGCUGCUUGGGGACAACAGUUCUCUCCUCCUGUUCAUCCAGAGAGCGUUUCGUGUCACAAGAAUGCUGUAAGGGGCUGGCCGGAGAGGGCUCCCCGCCCGCGUCGGGUACUGAUCAGAAACUCCGGGCUGGGACCAAUAAUGCGCCGUGUCUUCAUAAGCUCUAGAUGAUUGUUGGCAGUAAGGAAGCUGACCGUUGGUCUCAUCCGUCCCUGCACCUGGCCAGGUGUGGCACAGAGUAAGUGUGCGUUACAAUGAGUGAGAUCAAUAGCUCGUCUGCUGCUCUGCCAUCAGAGGCCUCAAACGAGAUCGUGGACAUAGAGUGCCUGAUGGAAGGCUCAGCACACAGUAGGCCUUCACUAAGCGGGGCAGGAAGGAUUGUCCCGGCACCAAGGCUGGAGGGCUGCGCGCUGGGAGCCGGUGGGGCUCGCCGAGGAGGGAGAGAACCAGGACAGAAGAUUCAAGGUUGGGGGGCAUGGCGACUGCGGAUGUCACAAUGCCCCCAUGUGCCUGGAUGUGUCGGGCUCUCGGACCCCCCCCCCGAGGCUGGCAGAGGGCAUGGCCGGCAGCAGCGAGAAGAUCACCGGGGAAGUGGAAUCCAGGACCAGGGGGACAUUUGCGGGCCAGAAAUAAGCACGGGGCAGGAGAACCACCAAGAUACUGGCGGAGGCGUGGGGAAUCACCGAGACCUGUCAGAAACCUAGUUAAAUGAACUGCACCAGAGAUUUGUAAGAGCUUCCGGAUGGGAGACGGGAGGACCAGAAGAGAUCAGAACAAGGUAUCUGGGCCUUGAAUGUGAAGAAGAACUCUUUAAUGAUGGAGGUGAUUGAAGCAAGAAAGGCGAAGAGAGACAAAGAACUCACAGAGAACAUCGGGCUUCCCCUGAGUCUGCUUGAAAAGCACAGCCCGUGGCCAGCCUAUGUCACCUACACGUCCCCGAUGGUGAAAAAACUCAUUGAGAAAAGCAAAGCCAGGGACCUGGGUUCUAUGCAAGCACUUGAAGGAAGCCAGCGGGCCUCAAGGCAGAGCCAACCUUCCGGCAUCGCGCAGCUGAAAAGGAGAAAGUCAUCUAAGUCCUCCGGAGACACGAUGUCCAAGGACAGGAGGUCAGAGACCAUGUUAUCGGUAUGGAGCACGUAUUCGGUGACGAGCCUGGGGCCCGCCGUCAUGCCCGAACCGAUGCGCUUUCAUACGGAGUCCAGAGAAAACCCCACUGCAAACUAUAACAAGAUCAUCUUCUCUCGAAAACCUACGAUGAGGAUCCUUCCAUACAGCUCACUUCUAGCCAACAAGGAGACACACUCGAAUAUUUAGCAGGGAAUCCCUGCAGCCACCCACCGCCCUCCCUUCCCAAGACAGUACAGCAGCGAAGCUCCAUUUGUCACCAACUUUGCUACGUCCUCUGAAUGUGAACUUGCCCCUGCUUGUGCAGAGGUUGGCCGGAGACAAACCAGAUCAGAAUGUGGGCCGUGGGUGGGGGGUGGGGGAACCCUCUCCAGCGUCACCAUCUGGUAGGGAUGGGAAGUGCCAUGUUGUAGUUCCUGCCGUAGAUGCUUAGAACCUAACUGAGGGUGAAUCAGUCCUGGUCUAGGCAGGAGACAGAAAUCACCCCGGUUGCGAUGCCAGAGAUAAUGUAAUGUGAAGAAUUACUAACCAGGUGGCUGAAAAAGGCAGGGGGAGGCCACACAGGUAUUAGGGGCAGUAGCACCUGUAGGAAGCAGUUUUCACAAGGCUGCACAAGGGAAGAUAUCGGACUUGUUAAAGUUAGGCACUUGGAGAAGGGGUGUGCGGGCUGGAUCUCAGAUUUCUGAGAUGCGGGGGACAGGGGUGCUCCUCAGCAGGUUCUCGGGGUCUCUGAGCUCGGAGAAAAGUUCCUGCGGGGCCGGUACCUCUGAAUCGGAGGAGGAGAAGAUCUCUGGCUGAGGCGGGCUCCGUGGUUGCUGAGAAAACCAAGACGCCAGAGUCCAAU